AUGCAUCAAGUUUUUUCUAUGAAGGAGCUUGGUUUUAUUUCCUAUUUUCUUGGCAUCUCAGUUACCUCUGGUUCCACCACUGUUCUAUCCCAAAAGAAGUAUGCUCAAGAUAUUCUUCUUAAAGCUGGUAUGCUGGAUUGCAAAGCUUGCUCAUCUCCUAUCUCUGUCAAGCCUGGUCUGCCUAGACAUUCAGAUGAGCCCUUUGCCAAUCCACCUAUGUAUAGAAGCAUAGUUGAAGCCUUACAAUAUUUGACAAUUACCAGACCUGAUAUCUCAUUUGCUGUGAAUCAAUUGUAUCAACAUAUGCAUAAUCCCACUGUUGGUCACUAUGCUGCUGUAAAGAGGUUGCUCAGGUUCAACAAGGGCACUAUUUCUCAUGGUCUUACCUAUACCCCCAGCUCAUUUGAUCUUCAUGCUUAUUCCGAUUCCAAUUGGGCUGCAGAUUCUGUUGACAGAAAGUCUACCUUAAGGUAUUAUGUAUUUUUAGGAUCCAACCUCAUUUCUUGGUCAUCUAAAAAGCAAGCCACUUUCUCUCAAUCCUCUACUGAAAUAGAGUACAGAUCUUUAGCUCAUACAGUAGUAGAGCUUGCUUGGCUUGGUAUGUUGCGUCAGGAUUUUUCAAUUGUUCUUCCUACAGUUCCUCUUCUCUGGUGUGACAAUGUGUCUUCUAUUGCUCUGGCUUCUAACCCUGUAUUUCAUUCCAAAUCUAAGCAUAUAGAAGUUGAUUGUCAUUUUGUUCGAGAUCGAGUGCUUGCUAAAAAGCUUGUAUUGCAUUACAUUCCUACCAUUGAUCAACUGGCAGAUAUCUUUACUAAACCUUUGUCUAUCUCCAGACAUUCCUAUCUUAAAGAUAAGCUCAAUGUCAGUUUCUCCCUCCACAGCUUGCAAGGGAAUGUUAAAGACACACCACCAGUUAGCUUAGUUGCUAGCUUCACUAGCUUAGGUUGCAGUCGCAGCUCCAAGCUACAGCUUCUACCAUAG